UGUCCAUUUUAUCUCAAUUGUUAUGACUUGGCCUGUUGGAGGUCUCGCUUUAUUAAAUCGCCUUUUCCAAAGGCAUACAUUGCCUUUUGAAAGCUCCCUCAGAGCCAAUUUUUCCACCAAGUUUCCACCUAAAUUUUCAAAAAAACCAGAAAACAAGUCGCUUGAACAUUCCUCUGAAUAUGUUGUUUUCUGUCGAGGGUCUGCCUUGCGUAAUGGAACUCCGCAAUGCAAAGCAGGUUAUGCCUGUUACUUUCCUUUGCACGAAAACUGGAACGUUGCAAAGCCAUUAUAUAAUACUUCCAGGAAAACCAACACCAGGGCCGAUCUUUCGGCUGUUAUUGAAGCAGUUAAAAUAAUUAAUAACGCGGAUCCUCUCAAAGAUAAAACUUUGCGCAUUUAUACUCGUAAUCAAGUUAUUAUUCGUUCUUUUAAAGAAUGGAUUAUUAACUGGAAGAAAAAUGACUGGAGAAAUUCACAGAGGCGACCCGUUAAAAACAAGGAUCUUUUAUCCGAGUUUUUAGAACUGAAAGGUCAGCGGCCAAUUAAUUGGGAGCAUGCAAAACUUGAGGGGGACAGUAAAAGCCUUUAUUAUUUAAACAAGUUAAGUAACUUAGCUAAAAAGGCAGCUGAAUAAAGCC